AUAGUACCGAAGCGGGCGGGAGGCUUGCAGGGCGCAUGCGCGCGGGGGCGCUGGCGUCGCGAGCGAGUCAGUCCUAUGCGCGUCUCCGAGCCUGUGUUACUUGUGUUCCGUUAGCCCGUCUAACUGACGCACUCAUCGCAAACGAACUCUAUGAAAUAAUAAUGAAUUCGCAAACCGGCCUACUCGCUAUGGUGGUUCGAUAGUUGUUUGUGUAAUAACCUGGGCUUCAGUGUCGUCGAGGGCAGCGGGCACCGGCGGACCGGUCCACACAGGGAGGCUGCGCCGGUCUCACGCCCGAGUACAGUGGAAUGCGGCAAUUUUAACUACUGCGGACUUGGACACCCAUUCCAGAACAGGGAUCAAAUAUAUAUUGCCCAUCCAAUAAGGUGAUGCAUCAAGAAUGAGUCGCCGAGCGCGGCCGUGACAUGGGAGCGCAGGCAUGGGCUGGCGCGCCGUGCAACCGCCGCACAUCGCCGCCGGCUUGCUUCUUCUGCUGCUAGUCAACCUACCAGUGACGUGCCACCAAGACCAUCAAGAUGCUGUUCACAUCACGGCUAUCCUCGGCGAGAGUGUCGUUUUCAACUGCCAGGUGGACUUCCCCGAAGACAUCCCGGUGCCGUACGUGUUGCAGUGGGAGAAGAAGGUAGGCGAAACGGGACAGGACAUCCCAAUCUACAUCUGGUACGAAAGCUAUCCGACUCAUAGCGGGGAGGGGUACGAAGGCAGGGUAUCGCGCGUCGCUCCCGACUCACCAUAUGGAGCGGCCAGCCUCAACCUCACCAAUAUCCGCGAAUCUGAUCAGGGUUGGUACGAGUGUAAGGUGGUGUUCCUUAACCGUUCGCCAAAUCAACACAAGAACGGCACAUGGUUCCACUUGGACGUGCAUGCGCCGCCGCGCUUCUCCAUCACACCGGAAGACAUUAUAUACGUUAAUUUAGGAGAUGCCAUCAUUCUCAACUGUCAGGCGGAGGGUACGCCCACGCCUGAGAUCCUUUGGUACAAAGAUGCGAACCCCGUAGAACCAUCGGGCACGGUAGGCAUAUUCAACGACGGCACCGAGCUCCGCAUCAGCAACAUCAGACACGAGGACAUCGGGGACUACACGUGCAUCGCUCGCAACGGGGAGGGACAAGUGUCGCACACCGCGCGGGUCAUCAUCGCCGGAGGGGCCGUCAUUACCAUGCCGCCAACAAACCAAACGAAAUUAGAAGGUGAAAAAGUGCAGUUCUCGUGUGAAGCAAAGGCUCUGCCUGGAAACGUAACAGUAAAGUGGUUUCGAGAAGGCGCGCCCGUCGCCGAAGUAGCUGCCCUGGAGACCAGAGUGACUAUCCGACGAGACGGAGCGCUCGUCAUCAACCCAGUGGCCGCGGACGACUCAGGACAAUAUCUGUGUGAAGUAUCGAACGGCAUCGGGGAUCCCCAAAGCGCAUCGGCCUAUUUAAAUGUUGAAUAUCCAGCGAAAGUAACGUUCACUCCGACUGUACAGUAUUUGCCCUUUCGAUUGGCGGGCGUGGUACAAUGUUACAUAAAGGCGAACCCACCACUGCAAUACGUGACGUGGACGAAAGACAAGAGGUUGUUGGAGCCGUACCAAACGAAGGACAUUGUCAUUAUGAACAACGGUUCACUGCUUUUCACUAGAGUCAAUCAGAAUCAUCAGGGCCGGUACACUUGCACGCCUUAUAAUGCACAAGGGACCCAAGGAUCUUCAGGUCCGAUGGAAGUUUUAGUACGCAAACCUCCGGUAUUCACAGUGGAACCAGAACCGUUGUAUCAAAGAAAGGUGGGUGAAUCAGUAGAAAUGCAUUGCGAGGCACAAGAGGCGGAGGGCACGCAGCGGCCGAGCGUGACGUGGCGGCGGCGCGACGGGCUGCCGCUGCAGAAGAGCCGCGUGCGCGCGCUCGGCGGCAACAUCACCAUCGACACGCUCCGCCGCCAGGACUUCGGCAUCUACCAGUGCGUCGCCUCCAACGAGGUGGCGACCAUAGUGGCGGACACGCAGCUCGUGAUCGAGGGCACACAGCCGCACGCGCCCUACAAUGUGUCGGGGACAGCCACUGAGUUCCAAGUAACGCUGCGCUGGCAGCCGGGGUACGCGGGCGGGCCCGACUACAAGCAAGACUACACCAUUUGGUACAGGGAGGCUGGCUUUUCUGAGUGGACAAAGGUUCCUGUCACCCCGUCUGGUGCUACUUUCGUAACAAUAAAUCGCCUGCAACCAGGAACUACGUACGAGUUUCAAGUGAACAGCAAGAACACGAUAGGAGAAGGGAUGAUGAGCAAAGCUAUUACGAUAAGAACUUUGGAUGUAGGAGCUAAACCAAAGGUGGCACCCACACCCUCGGGCCCUGUAGACAGAACUUUAUUUCCGGUUGCACCCGAAGGCUCUGGUCCGAAGCCGGGGUCCCCUCGCAACCUGACGGUGACGGAGGUGCACAACGGGUUCCUCAUCACGUGGCAGGCGCCGCUCGAGCGCGCGCACCUCGUGCAGUACUACACCAUCAAGUACCGCACCGACGCGCAGUGGAAGACGCUCAACCGCGGCCAGAUCCGGCCCGAGGAGACCAGCUAUCUAGUGAAAAAUCUAGUCGGCGGGCGCACCUAUUACUUCCGAGUACUGGCCAACUCGGCGACCAGUUACGAGAGUUCGGAGGAGGUUAAGUUUCCGGUGCCGGCGCGCGUCAAACACAAAGCGAUCACGGCGGGAGUGGUGGGCGGCAUACUGUUCUUCAUAGUCGCUAUUAUACUGUCUGUGUGCGCGGUGAAGAUAUGCAACAAGCGCAAGCGUCGCAAGCAGGAGAAAGCAUACAACAUGGUAGCCGCGAGACUGACCGACCUCCGCGCAGCCGACAGCACUCAAGUGCCUUUUAAAAAAUUUAGAGAACGCGGAAUAUCGAGUAUAGUGCAAUGUUUGCGAUUCACGGCUAACUGGGUGUGGCCGGCGUCACGAUGCGGCGGCGAGACGCAGUACUGGGUGGCGGCGCACGUGUCGGCCGCGUCAUCGAGCUCGCCGGCGCCGUCGCUGGCGCCUUCGUCCUCGGAUGACGGCGGGUUCCUGCCGCGGCUGCGCGCGCCGCUGCGCCCGUCGGCUGCGCCACCACUGUUCCGCGCCUCGUCGCCGGCGCUGGCGCUGCACUGGCCGCCGUGGCCGCCGUGGCCUCCGUGGGCCGCCGCCUGGACGCCGUGGUCGCCGCUACACGUUUCCGACCUCAGCUCGGUGCCAUUUCCCAGUUCUGCGGACGGCUCAUUUCCGACGCCGCCUUCGCCAUUUCGACUGCGCUCACUGCGACUGGGCGCCGCUGAGGCAGGCAGAGGCAUCGCGGGUGCGCUCGGACGACAACGUGCGCGCCCCCAGUCCAGGCACGCGAGACCCCGCGCCAUCGCCGAGCUGCCACCGCCGCCGCAUGAAGCUUCGCCCGAAAGUCGCUCUUCGUCUAGCGGUUUCGGCAGUAAGAACGCGUCGUCUUCCCAACAAAAUCGAAGCAGUCGGACAGGAAGUCUCGCCGAGUGGCGACCGCCGCCGUACCGGCCCCCGCCGCCUGCGCCGCCCCCGCGGCCCAGCUCGGGCGAGGCGGGCGAGGCGGGGGAGGCGGGCGACGCGGGCUCCGUGGACGUGCACUACGAGUGGGACCGCGCCACGCGCACGCCGACGCCGUCCACGCCCGAGCGCACGCGCGCGAGACACUCGCGGGACGACGUGGAGGCGCGCGUCAGGGCGAUGAAGGAAGAGUUCUUGGAGUUCCGCAAGCGGCAGGCGCUGCGCCGUCGCUCCCCGGAGCCGCUGGGCCCGCCGCCUCCGCUGUCGCCGCUGGCGACGCUGGCGACGCUGGUGCCCGCCACGGCCGCCGAGACUGUCUGCUGACGUUCGGCCUCAAUAUAUGCUGCGGUAAUUCCGGUCAGCCACUCUGUCCCCACCGAGUUUCCCUUUCAGUUAAAUUUCUGGCUUUACGUAGUCAUAUAAGUAUCAUACGCGACUACUUAAUUUCAAACAAAACAAGUAUUGUAACAUCAAUCGGAUAAAAAAAAAUUAACUGGGUAUAAUCUGACCAAUUUGUUUUAUGUAGUUUACUGUUAAAAUGUAAUUGAGCUCUGAACGCAUCGGGAAGGCGGGCAACUACGGAGUAGCUAUGAUUUAAUAUGUUCACGGUUUAGCGUUAAAAACAUCCCACCAUAGUCACCACCUGGAAAGGCAAGUGACUUAUUAUAUUAGAUAAAUAUUUAGAUUCCAUGGUCGAGUCGUAUGGACCUAAUACGUCUAAGGUACGUUUAAAAGUGGAUGCCGUGGCGUUUUGUGUUCGCACUGUCUGUUAUCCAUACCAUGUAGGAAAAAGAAAUGUCAAUUAUAAUUGAUUGAAAAUGGCAAUUUUAAAUUACAUCGUUACGUAUUAUCAUGUAGGAACUUGAUUACGACAACAAUAAAGAUAAUAACGAAAACGGCGGCACUUAUAGACUAGUAUUGUUUUCAUUUUAGUUUAGUAAAUUGACAAAUGUAGUACAUGAAUUGUGCAACGUUUUUCAAUGUUGAUAUAGUCAGGCGCCAAGAGCCUGCGAGCGGCGAACAGGCAGUGCGGAUGACGUUCACCUAAACGCUUUAGGUAUGAGCGGGGAUGCAUCCACGACACCGCUCAUACCAUUAUAUUGUAGUUAUUAUUAUAAAUAAGUACGAAUAAUGAUAUAAUAAGGAACCUCACUGACCCGCGUCUGCUGAGCGACGAGUGAUGAGCGAGAUGGCGAGAUGAGCAAUGGGUUGUCGCGUUAGGGGUAAAGCAACACUGUGAUCUGUGACGUCGAUAGUCAAACGCAACAAGUCGCUCAGCUCGACGUCCACCGCGAGGGUUCGUUUAUAAAUAAUAUACAACAAAAUAAUCAUUAAGUAGAUUUUAGAAAUAAUUUAGAACGGGAUGGAAACAUAUGUAUUUCUAUUUGUUUAUAAUUUUAAUGGAUUAUUAUUUAAAGUACAAAUUUUAUUAUGUUUUAUUAUUUAUAUAGAACAAUAAUUUAAAUUUGAAACUGUACAUAUGUAAAAAUAUUAGAUAUUAUAUUAUACACUUAUUUAUUUAGGUAUGAUGCAGAAUGAUUCUGAAGAACUGUUUGCAUGUACUUGUGUGGCACUAGACACUGUCGCCAUUGGACACUGCCGAAUAAUCAUAUUAAGUCGUUAGUUUGUAUUUUUAUAUUAUUGUUUGUGAACGCAUGCGCUUGCACGACACGCAUAGUGAUUGAAUGUAGGUAGGUGGUUGCCAUGACUGUGGCCGAGACUCUUCUUUAUUUAGUAUUAUCCACUCGACAAUAUGCGCACAAAACGUGAUGCGCAAUAUUUUGUACAGAUUAUAACAAUUUCAACUAGUGAUUCAUAGUUAAACAUGUGACACACCACGCGUUGCGCAUUAAAUGUCUGGUGAAGAUAAGGCUUUAAGUGUACCGAUAUUAAUCAAAUUCAUCUUAGCCAAUACCGAUACUGCCACAAUUGCUAUGUAUCUGGAUAAACUUACUUUUAUUACUAAACGCUCUUAAUGUUAAUUUUUCCAUCACUACACCUGCAUCGAUAGGCUUAGGUAAGAAUAAGGGUAACAUACAAUAACAAUGUAAAAGGAAAUUACUUAUUCUGAUUACAGCUAGCUUUUUAAUUAAUUUCUUUAGAAUUCUCUGUAUGGCGAUCAUUACACUACAAUCUAGCAGUGAUUCAAUCCGAUAUAUCGGCUCGAUGAUGUUACAUAAAUCGUAUAUCUACAAUGCAAUGUGUGGAUUACAAGUUUGAAGACAGAUUAUUUCAUUUUGUCAAAGAACGUGCACCGAAUUUACAGAUUAAACUGAAGCCAUAUUGAAAGUUAAAUAGUUACCUAAGAAUUAAACGGUGUGUUAAAUCAGUAAGAGUUGCUUAAGUCAUAAGAGUAACAUCACUGGUACAAACAUCGAUGUCAGUAUCCUUAAUGGCUAAUCUGCAACCGCCUAAUGUAAAAUUCGCAAAAUGUGCACCGAUUCCAAUUUGAUAGAUACAACACAAUAUAUUAAUCAGUGUACAUUUUGGAGCACGCCGUACCUCGGAAAGUCUACUAUUGUUCUACUGUACUUUACUCUGCCGAUGUUAGCCUAAAAGUAGUAGUCGUUGCCAUUCUUGUAUCCACCGUUUCAUACACCCGGCGCGACUUGGGCGGCAGCCGUAUUAGAAAGCCUGAUAGGCUGACUGUUUCUUACUUCAGAUAUUAAUUCACAUUGUUAAUUCAGAUUAUAAAUAUAUGUAGCGACGUAGAUAGCGUGUCGAUGCCCAAAGUAAGUCGCAAAGGUUCAGUCAAUUGUUUUGUAUUUACUUGCCUAUCUCAUAAGUAAUUUUAUCAAAGUUGUACUUGUUUUGUUCGAACUUUGUUAGAAUUUGGCUAAAACACAAUACGUGUCCGCAUGUUAUUAAUUUCAUAUUGUUUACCUGUCGGUUCCUGGAGAUCCCACCUAUAUAGUUGACCAGUCAAAACAAAGACUGUUUAGUGUUACGUUUGUUAUUAGGUUUACUUAUUGUGUCAAAUGUGCUCUUAGAUAUUUCCUUGCAUGCACGUUGCACUUUUUUGUACCUAUUAUUUGUGGUGCAGAAGUUUUUUAUUCGAAAAUCGUGUUAAGGAACUUCUAAGAAAUAAGUAUAAAAAUGUACGCUUUAAAGAAAUUGAAUAAAUUACUCAUAACAGAUAGAUAGGUAGGUAUGAUAAGGUGUAGUUAUGUAUACGCAUGCAUGGACGGGAGCGUCUGCGGCGAUGCGGCGCGAGGCGGUGCGGGCACGGCGGCGGCUCGCUCGUACGCAUGCGCACGCGCCCGGCGCUCGCUCGCACGCAUGCGCACGCGCCCGGCGCUCGCUCGCACGCAUGCGCACGCGCCCGGCGCUCGCUCGCACGCAUGCGCACGCGCCCGGCGCUCGCUCGCCUCGCGCACGCACGAGCAAGUCUGGCUACGGUCAGAUUGUAAAACGCGACAUCAAUACGUUUCAUUACCUGCCUACAGCGAACAACCACCUAAUAUAAAUUUAUUGCUGACAUUUAACUAGAAAUAAGCCACAAAACAUGACACAUUACAUUUUUGUGUGAAUUUAUUUAAGUACAACAAAAAUGUUCGCUGACAUCCGCUAAAGUGUUACACUUAGAAUAUUAGGAAAGGCAAUUUGUGCAAUAAAGUUAUUCAAUAUAAUUACCUACUGAUACGGAUAUAUGUAUAUGCUCAAAUAUUUUGACUGACCAAUUGUAAAAUAAUAUUGGUAAACAAAUUACAAACACGUUACGAAAAUCUAUGUUUUGGUAUAUUGUCAACGUUUUUUAACAUUAGAUACUGUAAGUGAGAUAGCUCCGGCGCCGUGGUUGACGAUCACACAGCCAGCGUGAACUGUGCAGCUGCGGGUACAGAGUGCAGCGAGCAGGAUCACGUUCUAUUUCUAAUGUUUCCUGGUGACCUCAUAGCAGGUUCCUCAGUUUUCCAACCUUCUAAUAUCGCAUACCACCAGCGAUCUAUGUCUAUACAGGACACUGAAAAUGUCCAUUGCAUUUAAGACGACUCAGACUCUGAUUUGUCGAUAUAAUGCUGUGUCCUCCAUAUACGUAUAGUUAUUCCCUGCUUAACCCGUAGUUUACCCAUCGUGGUCGUCUAGCCAGUCAUUAUUCCUUAGGUAGUCUUUUGUAGGAAGUCUGAAAGACCGAAAAUGCCUUUAUAGCUACCUAAUUGUUGAGUAAAUGUAUAAAUUUUAAGAUAAGAUUGCUUAUCACUAGGACAUGUACUUAAUCGUGAACUUCUAUUGAACCAGGCAGGAUUUUCCUCAUUUCCCGCGCUAGUAGUUUCUUUAGUCAAUAAAGAGCAUUUUAUGUACCAAUACCUUUCCGAAUUGCUCUUACAGCUAAUCGUGCAACCUAGGGUCAUUGAAAAAUAAGCGCAUAGUAAAAAUCGAGGAACAACCUCAUGUAGGUAUUUUAAAAGAUCUGUAUAUAUAGACAAAACCAUCCAUGACGCAUCACCCAAGUGGGUAUAGACUGUAGAUGACAAAGCCCUAUAACUUUUUUCCUUAUUCGUCUUCCUUUAAUGGGACUAACGGACCGGGUAAUAUUAGUUAUACUCCGUGGCUUGCAGCUGCACACUGUACGUUGCGUUCGAAUCGUAUAGGUAUCCAGUUUCCACCGAUUGUGGCAGUAGGCAUAUCACGAGAUCGCAAUGAACAAGACUAAUUUUCUAAAAUAUACGAGUAAACAGUUUUAGCGUAGUAUUAUGCGUUACACUGUAAAUAUUGAAUUGGUUCCCGCGUCAUGAACGGCGCCGCAGCAGCGAGCGUUCGACGUGCCGUGACUCGUGUUCUAGAUGCACUACUACAUUUAAGUAGUUUGCGUAGGUUGUAUAUGCCUAAAGUUCACUUGUUUUAAAAAACAUAAUCCAUGCGAUCUUUGUAACAACAAUCAAGACUUAAAAUUCAAUUAACUUAUGCUGUUUACGGCAUACUUAGUUAUUAUUUCGACUAUUUUAUUAUUGUACGUACAAGGAUAAGAAAAAGUAAUAUAUAGCUCAAACCAUGUGAUAUCUAGUCUUUUUCCAUUAUAAAAUUAUCCUUCCUUUACAAAUUAGGCAAAAAUUGCAACUGUACUUGAUUCCACCUAAAUAUUUACAUGUAAGCAUAGCAUAUACAUAUACUUAUAUUUGUUUCCAACAUGUACCACUGUCGGAGCACUUACCUGCCAGUCUUGUAGCACGGCCCUCGUCCUCGGUUUCGUUACAUCCGUGAUCCGUUCAACGUAUGUAAUAUACAUAUAAAUUUAGCUAUUCAACAACAGCCCAAAAUCAUUCCAAAUCUCUAUAGACUUAUAUGAAAAAGAUAGCAAUAUUUUAGAUUAAUGUAAAUCGUAUAUCAGUUUGUAUAAAGAGAAGUAAGAGUAAAUGAAGUUUCUUGCACAUUGGCAGUACCUGUGUUAAGCGGUGAAACAGCACCCAAAUCUUAAAACUUAACACAUUAUGCACAAAUCUCAGCACGAGUGUUAUUUACAUAAUCAAAUAUUCAACAUAUAUCAUACUGAGCACCUUAAUUGUUACAACAAAGCAACAAUAAGUUUGCCUGAGUUCAAAACCAAAAUUGCACAACUAACAUUUUUACGACUUGAUAUAUUCAUUUUCAUUUAUAGAAUAUUUUUAGUUGUAAGUGUUGAGAUCAUGAUGUGUUUACUGUGUAAGCACGAGGAUUCAA